AUGGCAGAAACAGGUUCUACGGUUACAUUAGUUAGCUGUGAUAAUGAGAACUUUCAAGUAGAAAAGGCAAUUGCACAAGAAAUUGGAGCAGUUAGAAACUUAUUAGAAGACUUUCAAACCGAGAAAAUAAUUCCAUUGGCUCAAGUAAAUAAAGAGACUUUAAAGAAAAUGAUAGAUUUUAUUAGCCAUCACCACCAAUACCCUUUCCUUGGAGGAAAUGAAAGUGAAAAAAAAGGACAAUUAACAUCAUGGGACUAUUCUUUCUUCGAUUUGGAUCAACAAAAAUUAUUUGAAUUAAUUAUCGCUGCAAACAAUUUGGAUGUACAAGUAUUAUUAGAAUUAGGUUGCAAAUAUAUUGCUGAAAUGAUUAAAGGAAAAAGUGUUGAAGAACUUAGAAGUACAUUUGGAAUAAUUAAUGAUUUCACCAAAGAAGAAGAAGCAGAAAUUAAACAAAAAAAUAAAUGGUUAGAAGAAUUUGUUUAA